AUGGCCAAAAAAGGCGGCAAGAAGGGAAAGAAGGGUGGCGCUAAGGCCACUGCUACUGCUGCUGUCGACAAGGUUACCGAAAAGGUCGAGAAUGUUGUACAUCCCACCGACGAGACCACAAACGACGAUUCUAAGGCUGAGUCCGUCAACAAGACAGAAGCGCCUGUUGAGUCGACCACCGAGGCUGCCGCUGCGCCUGCUGUGACUGAGUCCAAGGCGGAUACUGAGACCGAGAAGAAGGUCGAGGAAGCCAAGGACACCGUUCAGGAGCCCGAAACAGCUGCGCCGGUGACAGAGGCCAAGAAGGACGAGAGCACAGUGCAAGAUGCCGUUGACAAGGUAGAGGCCUCCAAGGCCGGCCAAGUCAGCUCUUUGGAUAACGGCGAGGCACAGGCCAACAGUAUCCUCCCGGAGAGCACUGUAAAGGAGACCAGCCUCGGCGCAGAGACCUACCCCUCUACCACCGAGACCUCCGCCGAGGAGUCUGCCAUUCCUGCCGUCGCAACUGGUACCGCCGAGCCCACCUCGAUCCCCGAGCGUCCCAAGACCGCCGAGUCAACCAACGCCCUUGCCCCCGUCACAGCCGAGCCAGCCAUGGCCCCUGCCCCUACCAUAGCUGCCGAUCCCGUGAUCACCCCGAGCGAUACCGCCGAGGCGAUACACACCAAGCGUCCGUACGAGAAGCCUAUCUUCUCCAAUGACGAGGUGAAGCCCCCCAAGAUGGCCCGGACUGAGGAGGAGGCCGCCGCCGCUGACAAGGAGAAGGCUUUGGCCGGUGCUGGCCCUGCUUCGACCGCUGCGUACACCGCUCCCGAGCCUGUGCCUGCCACAGUCCCUGCCCCUGCUGCCCCUGCUGCCCCUGCUGCCCCUACUGCCCCUGCCGCCGAGGCUCCUAAGAAGGUCGAGAGCGCCAGUAAGGCGAACCCCGAUGCCGUUGCCGCUGCUAAUGCCGCUAUCAACACCUCCAAGACCGAUAAGAGCGCUUCAGCCGCCCCCGCCGAGUCCGAGCUGAAGAAGCCCGAGGCUGCCAUGAAGCGCGGACAAGAGCCCGAGGCACCCCAGACAGAGACUGCGCAGGAACAACCUGCUAAGGAGACAAAGGCCGAUGAGCCCAAGACCUCUGAGCACACAGCAGAGCAGGCGGCCGAGAAGAAGAAGGGCGGGUUCUUCGCGCGUUUGAAGCGGAUGUUCAAGUGA